AUGGAAAAAGAAAAACCGUUUAAGUUGUUCGUGCCGCCGCGCCUGACUGGCGGACAGGUGUCCGCAGUCAAACCUCAGACGAGUACGCGGGCAGCGGGGCUUUGUCAGGAUUUUAACAAAUGCCCAGAUGAUGAUUUCAGUUUGCCAUUUGUAUUGGAUACGUCGAACCGUGGUGAAAUCACUGAUCGAGAUGCAAUUUCACAGCAAGUAAAACUUUGCUCUGAGGUAGAUGAAGAGAACAUAGAGAACAUGAAUGAAUUGUAUUCAAAACUCUACAAAGAGGCUGAGAAGAUCAAGCGGUGGAAACUAACUGUAGAAUCAGAACUAAAGCAGAAAGAAAGAAAAUUGCAAGAAAACAGAAAGAUUAUUGAAGCACAACGUAAAGCCAUUCAAGAAUUGCAGUUUGAAAAUGAAAAACUAAGUUUAAAACUGGAAGAUGAGAUAUGUGAAAAUAAAGAUCUCUUGAAAGAAAACAGCGCUUCAAGGCAUCUGUGUAAUCUUCUCAAGGAAACCUGUGCUCACUUCACAGAGAAGUCUACCAAAUAUGAACAUGAAAGAGAAGAAACAAGGCACCUAUAUGCAGAACUUAGUAACAACGUUGAAAGAAUGAUAAUGGCAUUUGAAGAGCUUCGUGUACAAGCAGAGAACACCAGAUUGGAAAUGUGUUUCAAAUUAAAAGAAGAAGCAGAAAAAAUGGACAAGUUUGAAAAAGAAUGCAAACUGGAAAUCAGUAUGAAGGAAAAGCAGAUUUCAGUUCUUACCACACAGAGUGGUGAAAAAGAUGAUAUAAUCAGAGACAUCAUGACUCAACUGCAGGAAUCAAAAAACAAGAUUGAUGACUUAGAGGAAGCAAAAAGACAUGAAGAAGAAAUGUUAAAGGAAUCCCAGAUGAAUCAAGAACAUUUGAAGGCAGAACUGGAAGAGACCAAAGUUUCAUUGCAAAAAAGAGAGGUUACUCUAAAGAGCUUAGAAAUGGAAUUGCAGACUGCAGAGAAAACAUUAAUUCAAGUCACUGGAGAAAAAGAAGCACAGGUGGAAGAGUGUAAAAAAACAAAAGCUUUGAAUGCAUCCCUGACAGAGGAGUUUGAGACUUCUGUUUCCAAUUUGAAAAGCUUGCUGCAAAAAGAGCAAAAUAGAUUGCAGAAAUGUGAAAGUGAGUCAAGGCUGCUCACCUUGGAGCUCAGAAAUAAGUCUGCUGAACUGGAAGAGAUGAAUAAACUAAAAUGUGACAAAGAAAUGCAACUUGAAGAGCUGUCAGAAACACUGGGAAAAGUUGAAGGAAUUCUAGAGAAGAAGAAAGACCUUGAGGCUAUUGUAGAAAAUUUACAGGAGAGAGAAAAAGAACUGGAAAACGUUCUCGAAAUCAGAGAGAAAGAAAUCGGUGAUUUGAAAGUGCAGCUGACUAGUACAGCUGAAAAGGAACAAAGUUCUUUAAAACAGCUUAUGACACUGAGUACAGACCUUGAACGAGAGGCGCAAAAGAAUGAACAACUAACAGGGUAUAUCAAUAAGCUCUUAUCAGAAAAGGAACAAAUAGCACAAGAGAAAAGUGGUAUGGCUGCAGAACUCAAGAAACUGCAAGAAAAUAAUAAGGAUAGUAGAAAAAAAGAAGAAAAUACAAAGCAGUUAGUUGGGAAACUGGAAGAAGCAAAUGACCAGCUGAGAAACGAACUAGAGUCUUUGAAGGAGAAGAUGGCAAAGAAAAGUGAAGAGAUUAAAAGUAAACUGGAUGAAAGAGAAGAAAAUACUAAGAAUAUUGAAAAUGAAAUUUCAAAGAAGGAAAAGCAGUUGAAGAUUCUAGAAAAUAAGUUCAAUAAUUUAAAGAAACAGAUGGAAAAUAAAACCAAAUGCAUUGAAGAGUUGCAACAGGAGAAUAAGGUGCUGAAAAAGAAAAUUACUGCAGAAAGUAAGAAAACAAGUAGUUAUGAAGGGAAGGUAAACAAAUUACAGUUGGAGAUGGAAAAUAUGAACAAGCAGCACAAGGAAACAGUUGACAUCUAUCAAAAAGACAUUGAAGCAAAAAAUGUAAAUGAAAAUAAACUUCUUGAAGAGGUAGAAAAGAUGAGGUUACUUGCUGAUGAAGCAACAGUAACACAGAGAGAAACUGACAUCCGAUGUCAACACAAGAUAACUGAAAUGGUGGCACUCAUGGAAAAACACAAGCAUGAAUAUGAUAAAAUGGUUGAAGAAAGGGAUACAGAGUUAAAACUUUACAAAAGAAAAGAGCAAGAGCAGUUAUCAUCAAGAAUAUCAUUGGAAGGUGAGCUGUCAUGUUUGAAAAGUGAACUGUCCUCCCUUAAGGAACAACUUAAAGCAGAAAUUGAAGAGAAGGCGAAUCUUGCAAAAGAACUCCCCAAAAAUAUGGUUCCUGAAAGUGAGAAGAAGAACAAGAAAACACAAACUAAUUUUCCUGAGACUCCUAAACCUCAAUUGGAUUUGGACUUUGACUCUAUUCAUGUAAAAAAUAGAAAGUCUUCAAAUGAGAUUCCCACAAAAGUCAACAUGAUGGAGAAUAGAAACCCACCUCCUUCAGUAUCUGCAAAAAGUCCCUUGGGAAGCCCAUCACUAAAGACAUAUAUUAUAAAGACUCCUCCAGUACCUAAAGUGCAAACUGAAAACACAAAUCUACAUUCAGAAGAGUGCAUGAGGAAAAAGCAGAAAGUGCUUCUACAGCUGGAUGUUCACUCAGACAGCUCUGAACACAGUGACCUCUUGAGCAUAGUCUCGGAGGAAGAAAUGUUUAAAAAACUGUACAAAGAUUAUCCUCAGGCUUCACAGUUAUAUGCCAUGACACCAAAAAAGAAACCAGCUACAUCAAAUGUGAAAAUUCCAGGCUCUGUACUGAAACUUACAGCCAUGAGAAAAAUGCGGGAGGCUGGCUGGACUGCAGUUUCUAAAGUGGACAGGAAAAGAAAAAUGAAAGAGGCUGAAAAGCUCUUUACUUAA